AUGCAGGCAUCAGGCAGUACCAAGCAGGCACCAGAUAGUACCACGCAGGCACUAGGCAGUAACAGGCAGGCAUCAGGCAGUACCACGCAGGCAUCAGGCAGUACCAAGCAGGCACCAGACAGUACCAGGCAGGCACUAGGCAGUAACAGGCAGGCACCAGACAGUACCAAGCAGGCAUCAGACAGUACCAAGCAGGCAUCAGGCAGUACCAAGCAGGCAUCAGGCAGUACCAAGCAGGCAUCAGGCAGUACCAAGCAGGCAUCAGGCAGUACCAAGCAGGCAUCAGGCAGUACCAAGCAGGCAUCAGGCAGUACCAAGCAGGCACCAGACAGUACCAAGCAGGCAUCAGGCAGUACCAAGCAGGCAUCAGGCAGUACCAAGCAGGCAUCAGGCAGUACCAAGCAGGCACCAGACAGUACCAAGCAGGCACCAGGCAGUACCAAGCAGGCAUCAGGCAGUACCAAGCAGGCAUCAGGCAGUACCAAGCAGGCAUCAGGCAGUACCAAGCAGGCAUCAGGCAGUACCAAGCAGGCAUCAGGCAGUACCAAGCAGGCAUCAGGCAAUACCAAGCAGGCACCAGACAGUACCAAGCAGGCAUCAGGCAGUACCAAGCAGGCAUCAGGCAGUACCAAGCAGGCAUCAGGCAGUACCAAGCAGGCAUCAGGCAGUACCAAGCAGGCAUCAGGCAGUACCAAGCAGGCACCAGACAGUACCAAGCAGGCACCAGGCAGUACCAAGCAGGCAUCAGGACGGAGCCAGAGAGGAACAGUAAGGAGCGAGACGUCGGACUGGCGAACAGUAACGAGAGCAGUACCUCAAGGAACGGCGCUGGGAUCACUUCUAUUUCUAAAAUACGUGAACGACAUGUCUACAGAAGUCGAGUGUUAA